CUUCAACCACUUGAUUUCGUAAUUUCAUUUUCUUUCCUUGGCUACCCCAGUGCCCUUUCACUCUAUCAGUCGUUGUCUGUCUUGCUUGUCCCGUUGCAAUAUUGCUGCAUCCCUCUGUAUUCCAUAGAAAUUCUUAAUUCUUACCGUUUACCAUCAACCUUUGGGUUUGCCGUGGCCUACCGCGGCGUUUGUGGAAGCACAGCUUGUCGCGAUGAAUUAAGUCUCUUGAACCAAAUAGAUUCAUGAUAAAGCCAUCGACUGGCUCCCUACUGUACCUCGGAUAUUCAUGAUGGCGACUUUAGCCGCCUCGCCGCCAUCGUCACCAUCCUGGCCCAAACGACGUCCUCGGGCUUGGGCUCUCCGAUGUGAACGCUACUGCUGCGCGGCGGCGUCUUUCUUCCCAUUAGCAUUCGUCUACGGUUUGACAACAUGGGCGGUCUAUGUUGAAGCUAGUAUUGGUCUACGGCCGUCACGAAAUUCUUGGAUCGGCUUACCCACUUCGAUCAUCGGCAUUGCCCUCUAUAUUUGCCUUAAUGCCUCGUAUAGUGUUGCGGUAUUCACUGACCCUGGCUCACCACUGUCGGCCAAUAGUCGACAUGAAUACAGCGCUCUGCCGGUAACGGAACUGCCGGAGUUCACUUCAUACACCGUGAAUUCCAUGGGAGGGUCCCGGUUCUGCAAAAAAUGCCAGUGUCCCAAACCUGAUCGGGCGCAUCACUGUUCGACGUGUAAGCGAUGUGUUCUGAAGAUGGAUCACCAUUGCCCGUGGCUGGCGACGUGCGUUGGGCUGCAUAACUACAAGGCGUUUCUCCUGUUUCUUAUCUACACAUCGAUCUUCUGCUGGGUUGACUUCGCGGUGGCAUCGAGUUGGAUAUGGACCGAGGUGUUGAAUGAUACGCGGUAUAUGGACACCAUAUUGCCUGUGAAUGUGGUAUUGUUGGCCAUACUCGGAGGGAUUAUCGGGCUGGUGCUGUCGGGAUUUACCAUCUGGCACAUUAGUCUCGCGGUGCGUAACUUGACCACGAUCGAGUGUUUAGAGAAGACGCGCUAUGUGUCUCCGUUGCGGAAAGCGCUGGAUCGUCGCCGCUACGAAAACAUACUGGGUAAUAGUCACAACGGCCAUGAAAACGAUGACCCAGAAAGCCUCGGACAUCGGCUUCAGGACUAUGGUAAUCAGAUAUUGGACGCUCAUGCAAAUGCGAUUCCCGGCGUCACCCGGCCGGAGGAAGGAGAGGAGUCCCUGCCCGCAUACACUCAAUCGGGUCCCGGGGGCACUCCCGCCCAACAGGCCCUCUCGCGAUCAUAUGCGGAGUUGGAGCGGCAACGCGAGCGUGAUCGAUACCAUAGUUAUCUUGAUGAAGAAGAUAAUGAGAAGAUGCCGAACGCUUUUGAUCACGGAUGGCGUCGGAAUCUCUUACACUUAUUUGGCGACCGGCCGCUUCUCUGGCUAAUUCCUGUGCACACUACGACUGGCGACGGUUGGCAUUGGGAACCUAGCUCGAAAUUCAUUGAAGCGCAGGACAGGGUGCGACAGAGACGGGAGCAGGAGGCUAGUGAAGAACAACAAUAUUAUCGGGACCUCUACCAGCGUAACAUGCACAACAGUCGGAGCUGGCUUGGGACGGACGCAACACCGUCAAUGUACAUGGCCCACCAGCCGUCUAACGCCUAUCAGGAAACCGAGCGUCCUCCAACGGGUGUAUCCAUGCAGACCUUGGCGCCGAUGUCCCCGCGCCCAAGACCGGGAGAUAGUGAUUUCGAAGAUGUGGAGGAGAGUCAUGAUUUACUGCAGAGUCGAAAUGAUCACUUAAGUGGAUCGCGAAAACCUGGGGUGCCGGUCAAUCGACAUGAACAAUCGGACGAAUGGCGAGACUGGGAUUAGAACUGAUCAUGGUUUAUAUUUAGCGGCUUUUCUUUGCCUUUUUCAUUUUUUGUGCAUACUACUAUGAUUUAUGUAGGUACGUAUACUGUGUUCAUAUUACAGGUGGAUGUCCUCGUGGGCGUAACGGUUGCAUACUAGGCUGGUAGCCAAGGGUCAUGUCGAUAUCAGUCCUUAAUGAUAGAAGUUUCAUGUGAU